AUGGGAACUAAUCCAAGUAUUUGGGACAGGGCGCUUCAAAGCCUAAGUCCUGACGUCCAGAAGAUCAUCAAUAGCACGAGAACGAAGAAGCGUGAUGUCCUACAAGCCGUUCUCGACGAAGCCGAAGCCAAGAGAGCCCUGUCUUUGCGUAAGAGAUGGAAGUUUACCAGAUCGAAUGGCGAAGUUGUCAUCGUGCGAGACUUGCUGGAGAAGAUCGUGUCGUGGAUCCAGAGGUUCAAGGAGACAGGAGACACCAUGGUUCAGUACGACCCAACCCAUGCGGCGCUGCCAUGGGCGGCAGUUCGAUUUCUACUCCAGAUGGCUGUAUCUGAAGUUCAAGUGUUCGCCGCGAUGGCCGAUGACCUUGAAAACAUCUCUCGGAUGCUAGUCCGCUAUCGGGUUUUCGAAGGACUCUACUUACGAGGAUCCCAAUCUGAGGCGGAGCUGAAAUUGGAGGAUGCCUUGACUCGCCUUUACGCCGAGAUACUCUCACAUCUGGCCGCCGCUGUGCAGUUCUAUGAUGAGAGAUCCGUCACUCGCAUUCUGAAAAGCCCGUUUCGAACAGUUGACGACACACGAGCGAAGGCUCUGGUCGAACGAGAAAAAGAAGUGGAUGCAUUCGCAUCACUUUCAGACGCAGAGACGUUGCGUUCCCUUGAGGCCGCUUUCACGAGACUCACGACGCAAUCAUCCCAGUCCUUGUCCGAAGAAAGAUUCAAUCAAAUUCUCGAAUGGCUGACUGUGGCCCCGUACUACCAUCAUCAUCAGUUCAUCACUCAAUCCCGACUUCCCAGCGCCGGUAAAUGGCUUUUGAAACACCCGAGCUUCAUGAACUGGAGGUUGUCGAGUUCAUCGUCUCUGCUACUGCUUCAUGGAAUUCCCGGCUCUGGCAAAUCUACCCUAUGCUCUGUGGUCAUUGACUCUUUGCUGCCAGUAUCCAGUACCAAUCAGGCCGUCACCCCAGCCCCUCUGGCUUACUUUUACUGUGCAAAUCCCCGAUCGGAGAAGUCGCGUAGCUCUGCAGAUGACAUCAUGAGAACCAUUCUCUUUCAGCUUGCAAUCGAUUCAUCACAUCGUACGAAGAUGAGGGACUUCUUGUGCUCGGAAUACGAGAGACAAACUGCGCUCGCCCGAGCCGGCAAGAUGGAUAUGGCGAAGUUGCGGGUGAAAGACUGCGUGAGACUCAUGCUAGAAUUGGCUGAACUAGAUCCUCUGACAAUAGUCUUGGACGGCCUUGACAGCGUUGAGGACUCUGAAAGGCCUGAUCUCAUUGGUGCUUUUGAGGAACUUGUUAAGAAAGCCGACAAUGUGGUCAAAGUUUUCGUUUCUAGCAGAACUACCAGCCGUUCAGCUGCGAAGCCAACUCACGAGUUCGAGAUCCAGACUAGCAGUCAGGAAACCCGAGCAGACAUGGAAGCUUUCAUUGACCACUUGGUCAAUAAAGCUGUGACAAGCAAGCUGCUUCUUGAUGGCAGACCGUGUCCCGAUACUCGGGAAAUGUUGAAGCAGGCACUUGUCAAUGGAGCUGGUGAGAUGUUUUUAUGGGCAAAGCUUCAGCUCGAGCGAGUAUGCCGAGAGACUGUCGAAGAAGAUAUCGUGGCAGUCCUCAAAGACAAGCUACCUCAUGGCAUCAACGCCCUUUACCAGGAGUCCUUGAACCAUAUGCUCAACUCUGGGGAGGUGGCUCGAGAUAUUGCGGUCAGGGUACUGUCAUGUAUUCUGUACAUGCGAGAUCCCCUCACUCCUGGCGCUCUCUUAGCAGCUUUGGCCGCUGGGAAACACUCCACGCUCGUAUUGCCCCAGGUGCUGGCGAUCUGUGCCAAUUUUGUCGUUCUCGAUUCCAACUGCAACGUGUUGCGUGUAGCACAUCAAUCGGUCCAGGACUUCCUGAUGCGACACGAGACAUUUGACCCUGCGAUUGCCAACAACAUGUUGGCGUCUAUGUGCAUCGAUGCUUGUUCACGCGGAAUGAACUCAGCAUCUGGCACUGGCAAGGCUCUGGAAAUACCGAGCGAAGACUUCUACAUGCUUUUGGACAAAGGGGCAGAUCCCAAUCUUGAUAUUACGACAUCCCAGUUCCCGUUGAUGGCUGCGGCAGGAAAUGGAGACCUCGGUAUUGUCAAGAGCCUAAUCAGUUCUGGUGCAGCCGUCAACGUCAGAGGCAAAGAUCACUGGAGACAGGAACAUGCAAGUCCGCUUCAUGCAGCCGCUGCUGGAAAUUACUUGGAUGUGGUCAUAUUGUUGCUGUCUUUCGGUACCGCCAUUGAUAGUUGUGGUGAGACGUUUGGUGCACUUUUGGAGCUUGCCGCUCGUUAUGGUCAUCUCAAGGUGUUGCGCUACUUGCUCUCAGCCGGAGAUCGAGUUGGAGCUGAAGCGGCCGUGAAUUCCGCCGUUCGCAACAACCACGUCGAAAUUAUGCAAGAGCUAUUGGCCGUGGAAGCCCCUAUUCCGACAACCGUACUCGCCACUGCUUGUCGUCUCGGACACCUCAAAAUGAUCGAAUUUCUUCUUGAAAGGGUCAUAGACAUUGAGAAUUCUCAGGAUGCUCUUGAUGAAGCCUUCGAAGUCGCCGACGAUUCCUGCAUGAAACUUCUCCUCAGCUACACCUCUUGUACGGCGGCACAGUUUCUCAAUGCUUGCGCAAUAGGAUCAGUAGCUACGAUAAAAGGCAUUUUGAAUGAAGGAAAGGUUUAUGCCAACCAAUCAGCAGGGAAAAGCGGUGACUUCCCACUUCAGGUUGCGGCUCUGCACCUGCGGCUAGAUGUCGUCAAGCUUCUCAUUUCGCACGAAGCGAAGAUCGACUGCGAAAGCGGAAAACAUGGAUCGCCCCUGAUCAGUGUCCUCGAGUCUUAUAGCGCACCUAUUCUGGGCGCCAAGGUCGACAAAACAAACCAAGAUGACAUGCAGGCCGUCCUUGCCAAACUUUGUCUCCCUAAAUUCAUGUCUCCAAAGAAAUUGCCAUACUUCUUCGGCGACUUAGUCGAAAGGCCAGCUCCCACAAGCUUCUUACGGUUCUCGGAUUGCAUGGAGAUACUGAAGACUCUAGUUGCCCACGGGGCAAGCGUCACGGGAAUUGAAAGGCCUCUAGGGUCGCCUAUACAUAUCGCAUGUGCACUGGGGGACAAAACGAUGGUACUUUACCUGACAGAAAACGGUGCCAGCAUUGACGAAACAUCCGGACACUUUGAGAAGGUUAUCUUUGCCGCCAUCUAUGGGCGGAACACCAGCAUCGUCUCCCUGAUCCUCGACAACGCUGUAGUUCCGACACAUAUACACGGAAGAUAUGGAACAGCCCUACACUACGCCUGUGCUUUAGGCGACGGCCCGAUUACUCGCAUGCUGCUGGAACACGGGGCAGAUGAUGAUGUUCGAGACCAUCAAGGCCGUACAGUGGUGGCAAUCGCGCUGAAAAGUCAUAACAACGUUGAAUUGCGCCACAAGCAAUGGGAUCCAUCUGUCAAGCGGGUCGAAACACCUCUGGAAGUUCUUGCCAAGCUUGUCAAGUUGCGCAUAUGCGAUGAAGACUUAGCAGCCGUCUCGGCAGAUGCCGGCUUCAGCGCCAGUAGUACUUUAAGCUUGCUACUGUCUCUUGACGAGGAUUAUCGCGACGUGAUAUGUCGUUUACUGAGCAUGACAGUCAGCUUCGAUACGAUAGAUCUGCUGAAAGAACGGAGCAGAUCAGUGGGCACGAAGGAGACGGUCUUGCCAACAGCCUACCCUGAUGUCACAAUUACAACAGAUGAUCUGCGUUUACAAUCAUCAAUCACUUCGAUCAAGCGGCUGUUGGAUUUCGACCGCGAGCUCUGCAUUGCAGAAGCAGUCGUGCUUCAAGCGCUGAAACUAGGUCAUCGCCAUCCGACUAGAUGGGGCAAUGAUCACGGCACCCUUGAGAGCCUCUUCCAGCGCGAUUCUCGCCUACGCGUUACGCAGACAAUGCUUAGAGAAGCAAGGUGCGAAACUGACAUGGAGAUUUUGCUCGAGCACCUUGAUUCCAAAAUGAAGAUCUCGGAUGAAGUGGUCGACUCCAUUUCUCGGUUGGACACGAAUGAAAAGUUACCCAUCCUGCGGCUCUUGACACAAUUCGAUGCAGGUAUUCGUUUCAGCCCUAGGGUUGUUCUUCGCUGUAUUGAGAAGUCUUUUCAGGCAUUGGACACACUUGCGAUGCUUUUGAAGCACGAUCCAUCGAUAUUCAUAACGCCAAGCAUAUUUCUUCGUGUCUUCGAGACCAAAUGCUUCGACAUGGAUGCACACCGGAGUAAGCUGGUAGAGCUUCUGCACACGCACGGAAAGCGCGUGUUUUUCACGAAUGAGAUCAAGACAGCGACUGAGAACGUGUUUCGGCUGGAAAGUCAGAAGACUCAAAGGCAAAGGUUAUUUAGCUUGCAGACUCUGGAUGAGAGCUAUUGCGAUCCUGAAGUAGAGGGUCCCGAGGAGGACGAGACAGCCACCCCACCAACAGCGACAAGCUAA